UGUGUGGACCCACAAGAAGUAUAAGAUUGAGUCCACGGAAUAAAACUACUGUAUAACUUGUAUGAUCCAACACACAAAAUAAAACUUCUCAUUAUCAUAUCAUGAAUUUGGUAUCCCAGCGAUUCAUUCUUCGUGUUGGAUUUGCUUCUCAAACUUCAAGCAAUCUCAAAGGAAGCUAUCCCUGUUCAAUCUCUACCCGUGGACGCAGAAGGCUCAGUGCAAUUACUUUCUCCUUAGCUGCUCCAAAGGCAGGUGAAGAGCUUUUAGUAGUAGUAGGGGGCGGAGCAGCUGGAAUUUACGGUGCUAUAAGGGCCAAGACUCUCGCUCCUCAUCUUAAAGUUGUUGUUUUUGAAAAAGCCAAACCUUUAUCAAAGGUUAAAAUCUCUGGAGGGGGUCGUUGUAAUGUGACUAAUGGGCAUUGUCCUGACAAUAAGAUUUUGGCAGAAAACUAUCCAAGGGGUCAUAAGGAAUUCCGAGGCUCCUUUUUCCAUAUUCAUGGUCCAAUGGAUACAAUGUCCUGGUUCACAGAUCAUGGCGUGGCAUUGAAAAUUGAGGAAGACGGAAGGGUCUUCCCCACCAGUGAUAAUUCAUCUACUAUAAUUGAUUGCCUCAUGUCCGAGGCAAAGAGGAGCGGAGUCUUGUUGCAGACAGGAAAAGUUGUUACUGGUGCAUCUUCCACUGCUGAUGGCAAGUUUGCAGUCAAGCUUGAGAAACGUAGCCUUGAUUAUGUGGAGCACGUUGAAGCUGAUUAUCUACUAAUUGCUAGUGGGAGUAGUAAGCAGGGUUACAAUCUUGCCACUCAACUUGGUCAUUCUAUUGUGCAACCUGUUCCAAGCCUGUUCACUUUCAAGAUUGAUGACUCAAAGUUAGCAGAAUUGUCUGGUGUUGCAUUUCCAAAAGUUAAAGCAAAAUUACACUUGGAAGGCAUCCUGAAGAGUAUACCACAGCUUACUCAGCUAGGGCCCAUGCUAGUGACACAUUGGGGACUCAGUGGGCCUGUGGUUCUUAGGCUAUCUGCUUGGGGUGCACGUUAUCUAUCCAGUUCAGACUAUAAGGGUACGCUUUGUGUGGAUUUUACUCCUGAUCUCCAUAUUGAAGAUCUAAAGUCCGCACUCAUUUGUCACAAGAGUCAGUUUUUGAGGCAGAAGGUGCUGAAUUCUUAUCCUUCCGAAUUUGCGCUUGUGAAAAGAUUUUGGAAGUAUAUAUUAGAUCGUGAGGGCAUAUGCGGAGACAUGCUGUGGUCUUCCAUUUCCAAUAAUAUGUUAUUCUCUGUCGCUUCUUUGUUAAAAGAUUGUGCAUUUAGCGUGAAGGGAAAGGGCCAAUUUAAGGAUGAGUUUGUCACAGCUGGAGGUGUUCCACUUUCAGAGAUCUACCUUGAUACAAUGGGGAGCAGGAUCCAUUCGCAUCUCUACUUUGCUGGAGAGGUACUCAAUGUUGAUGGUAUUACUGGUGGCUUCAAUUUUCAGAAUGCUUGGACAGGGGGAUAUAUUGCAGGUACAAGUAUUGGUAACCUUGCUGGAGAUAGAUGCUAUAUGACAGAGUAAACUGUUAUGCACAAAGCCUUUAUGGAGCUAACAAAUGUUCAAGAAGUCACUGAAUCAGCUCAGACAGUGAAUCUCUUUCGAGUGUGGUAAAAGUGAACGGGGAGAGAGGAAGCUGAACAAGAAUUGUUUGUUACUGAUAGCUGGAGCUCCCGUCUUACAUCAAUGGCUAUCUAUAGAACAAGUUAGGGACGAACUGGCUAAGCUAACAUGUAUAUUGAAGAGGGGGAGAAGGGUAAUAUGAGUACUGGAUGAAUUGUAUCACUAGUUUGGUGCAGCCUACUGAUCAAAUUACUCUGUUUACAUUUCCAUCAUGGUGGCUGAAUUGAUUGCCACAAUUAGAACAUCGAGUUCAAAUGUCAAGGGGUCUCUGCUAUUCCGUUUGGUUUUAUCAACUCUUAUAACUUAUGCGAAAAGCUAAAACAGGAACAGAAAUAAUAUAAUCCAGCUUUGUGUGUGCA